AUGAUUAAUAAACUCAAAGAACCUCAUUUCAUAGAAGCUGUAAAGUUUCUUCACCAGUACCUUUUUGAUGCUGUAAAAUUCACAGAAGUUCCUGAUCAGUAUAAUUGUUUGAUAGAAUUCUUGAUAGCAGAAGGUGUCUUAACACCUGCUGAUAGUUCCUUAAACAUAGUUAGAUUAUCAUCCCCUCUUGUUGAUAUAUACUUCAAAAUGGAUAUUCUUUUAGAAUUAUUUUCACAUGCAUCUCAAACUAAUCAAUCAAAUCUAGAAGAACAUUUUAAUCAUGCUUUAUCCUAUAGUAACAACUUGGCUACUACUAUAAUUUGGAUUAUGCAUUUUACUUGUAAGAAUAGAUAUUAUAAGGCAGAGAAUCCUAUGUAUCAAUCUAAAGAACAGAAAAUUCAAGAACUCAUUAUUGUCCAUUUUUGGCAUAAUGAAAAAUUUGAUAAUAUACAAAUGUAUACAUAUUUGAAAAAUGAUUAA